AUGGUCAAGAACGUAUACUUAUACCGUCAUGCUCAAGCAGAACACAACGCCACGUCAAACUGGGGUAUCCCCGACCCAACCCUCACCCCGCUCGGUCGUGCCCAAUCAAGUGACAUAUUCGCCGCCUUCAAGGAACAGUUCAGCGGUGCCACUAGCCCCCAACCGCUGCUUGUCUGCUCCCCGUUGAGGAGAACGGUGGAGACGAUGCUCCUUGGUUUCCCGGAGUGGGUCAAGCCUGUGUUCAUGCCCGAAUUACAGGAAAUAAACGACCUGCCCUGCGACACCGGUUCGAGCGCUUCCCGGCUCUCCGAGCUCUUCCCAGAACUCGACUUCACCUCCCUCCCCUCGGACUGGAACACCAAGCGCGGCCCCUGGGCUCCGGAAGAACAAGCGCUCCAAGCGCGAGCCCGAGUCGUUCGCCGGUGGCUCAGAGAGCAGCCGGGGGAAAACGCGGUCGUCGUUUCCCACGGGGACUUUUUGAGGUAUUAUCUAGCUUCGGGGGCGGAUGAGGAGCCUCAGGCGCAUUGGGAUAAUGCGGAGGGACGGUUGUACGUGUUUGAAAGCCAUGAGGAGGGGGAUGAGAAGGCCUGGCUCGUUCGGAUAGAAGAGAAGACGGCUAAGGUGCCUGACCCGCAGGACGGGAGCCGUACGUCUGCUGAGAUGAGGGAGUAGGAGAUGAAGUGCGAGAGGAAUAGAUGUUCUGUUUUAUGGAAUAGAAGUCCUUGUGUGGGUAGAGGUCUGUAUUACAAUACCCACGAGCGCGUUACUCAAGAAUAUGAACCAA